CUCGUUGCGAAAUGCGAAGUGCGAACGCGCCAAUUCCCUCUCCCUGUAAAGGCGAAAAGAAAGGUGCAGAUCCCGCCAUUGUUGAAGCUUUUGAGGAACGCUACGCCACCAUCAAUGGCGUCUUCUCUCCGUUUCGUGUUCCUUCAUCUCGUAGUCGUCGUCGUCUUCUCUGCGGCAAAUGCUCAAAUGCCUGGUUUUGUUAGUAUAGACUGUGGAGGUACAGAGAAGUAUGUGGAUGAUAUUGGACUCGAAUGGGCUCCGGACACUCAAUUCAUCUUCGGUGAAACUGCAAAAGUAUCAAUCCCAAAUGAGAGCCGAAGACAGUACGCAACAUUACGCUACUUCCCUGCCAACGAAAGAAAGUAUUGUUAUACAUUCAACGUAACAACAAGAACUAGGUACCUUAUAAGAGCUAGCUUCUUGUAUGGGAACUUUGACAACAGUAGUGUUUUCCCGCAAUUCGACCUCUAUAUAGGAGCAUCGCAUUGGUCAACAAUUGUUAUAUAUGAUGAAAACAAAAUAAUAAGCAAGGAGAUGAUUAUGCUGGCUUCUUCACCGACAAUUAGUGUGUGUCUCUCUAAUGCUACAACAGGGCAGCCGUUUAUAUCUACAUUGGAGCUCCGACUGUUUAACGGUUCACUUUAUUAUACUGAAUAUGAGGCUGAGUUUUUCCUCAGUUUGUCUGCAAGAAUAAAUUUUGGAGCUCAGAGUACGGACUCUGUCAGGUACCCAGAUGACCCUUUCGACAGAAUAUGGGAAUCUGAUUCUAUAAGAAAGCCAAACUACUUGGUUGAUGUUGAUCCAGGAACUACAAAUGUUUCAACAAAUAUGGCUAUAGAUGUUAAUUUAAAUGAAAGACCGCCACAGAAAGUGAUGCAAACAGCAGUAGUGGGUCAAAAUGGAACAUUAACUUAUCGGCUAAACUUGGAAGGAUUUCCGGGAUGUGGGUGGGCAUUUUCAUACUUUGCAGAAAUAGAAGAUCUUAAUCCAACUGAAACAAGAAGAUUUAAGCUAUUUAUUCCAGGAAUGGCAGAUGUUAGUAAACCGACAGUUGAUGUGGAAGAAAAUGCUCCAGGAAAAUAUCGGUUGUACGAACCGGGUUACUACAAUAUUUCACUUCCGUUUGUGUUUUCUUUUGCAUUUGUGAAAACGAAUGACUCUUCCAGAGGCCCCAUUUUGAAUGCUUUGGAGAUAUACAAGUAUCUUCCGAUAAAUUUUGGCUCUCAAGAUGCGUCUGUUAUGGCAAGCUUUGUAUCGCACUAUCCAUUUGCUGAUUUGGCACAAGAAGGUGGCGAUCCUUGUCUGCCUGCUCCAUGGUCUUGGGUUCAAUGUAGCUCCGAUCCACAACCAAAGAUAGUAUCAAUUAUGUUGUCAGGUAAGAAUUUGACGGGUAACAUACCAUUGGAACUAACCAGGCUAUCAGGCUUAGUGGAGUUAUGGCUUAACAAUAAUAACCUCACCAGUUCAAUUCCUAAUUUUUCUGGAUGCUUGAAUCUGAGGAUUAUUCACCUUGAGAACAAUCAACUGGCGGGUAGUUUGCCUUCUUCUUUGACGGACCUACCAAGUUUAACGGAAUUGUAUGUCCAGAACAAUAUGCUCUCUGGAGUUGUGCCCAGGGGUCUUCUUGACAAGAAAAUUGUUUUCAACUACACCGGUAACAUGUAUCUUCGAAAGGAAAGGAAUGCAAGGACUGACAUAGUAAUAGUUUUAUGUUCUGUGCUUGGAGCUGCGUUAUUCGUUGGAGCCAUUCUUUGUUACUAUUUGUUAGCGCAUAAAAAGAUAAAGUUUUUCUCGGAAGAAGAUGAUCUUACUAAAGUCCUACCUCCAACGAAGUUAAUCUCUUCCUUCAGUGAACUUGGCACAGAAACCGCUCAUAGGUAUACAUUAUCUUACCUUGAAGAAGCCACCGGGAACUUCGCAAAAAGAAUUGGCUCUGGAGGUUUUGGGAUAGUAUAUUAUGGAAAGACGAAAGAUGGAAAGGAAAUUGCAGUCAAAGUUCUUUUAAAUGAUUCUUACCAGGGAACCCGACAGUUUAAAAAUGAGGUGUCUCUGCUCUCAAGAAUACAUCAUAGAAACUUGGUAGCAUUUCUUGGUUACUGCCAGCAAGAAGGAAAGAACAUCCUGGUUUAUGAGUUCAUGCAUAACGGAACUCUCAAAGAGCAUCUUCAUGCUCAAGAAAAGCAUUUUGGUUGGAUCAAACGCCUUGAGAUUGCUGAAGAUUCUGCAAGAGGCAUCGAAUACCUUCACACUGGCUGUACUCCAACAAUCAUUCACAGAGAUCUUAAAACUAGCAACAUUCUUCUUGACAAAAAUAUGAGAGCGAAGGUAUCGGAUUUUGGCCUGUCGAAGCCUGCAGUGGAAGAUUCCCAUGUCUCAAGCAUGGUGAGAGGAACUCUGGGGUACUUGGAUCCUGAGUACUACACUUCUCAGCAGUUGACAGAGAAGAGCGACGUUUACAGUUUUGGCAUUAUUCUCCUCGAGCUGAUUUCAGGCAAAGAGCCAAUAUCUGGCACGAGUUUUGGAGAAAAAUUCCGAAACAUAGGCCCAUGGGCAAAGUUUUAUUACGAGAGUGGAAACAUCGAGGCAAUUGUCGACCCUUUACUGCAAGGAACUUACAAUGAUAUCCAAUCCAUCUGGAAAAUAGCCGAAACAGCAGUUAGGUGUCUCAAACAAGACAUAAGCCUCCGGCCAUCGACGUCAGAAGUGCUCAAGGAAAUCCAAGAUGCUCUCGCAUUGGAGCGGGCUCCCACCUGCGAGAAAACCGAAAAAAGCUUUGCCCCUGCACUCUCUAUAGAUGCGAAGUACGCGGACGACUCUAUAUUGGGGUCUCCCACUGGUUCCCUAGGGUAUCCGGAGCUUCGAUAGCCAUCCACAGGUAUGUUUAAUGUGAUUUCUGAAAAUUUCUUUUUCCCGAGUCAGAUAUCACAAAUAACAUGCAGGGUGAGCAGUAAGAACUAUUUAUUCGUUUUCCAGUAGUUUUCAUUGUUUUUUUUUUUUCAAUCCUGUGUAUAGAGUUCUAAUUUUUGUAUUUUUUAUGAGUAUUACUCUUUGAGUGGAUUGAAUGGGUCGAAUGAUAGUGUUUAGGAGUUACAGUGGCGAUUCGUAUUUUCCUCUGAAAGGAUGUAAUCUUGGAUAGGAGUUUCUUAUUUUGGUUGUCUUCUGCAUCCGUCAUCGGAAACUGCUGGAGAAUGGGUCGUCCGAAUUUUGACUUUACUGUUUUCAUUUUCUAUUUUCUUUGCCAAUCCAAUUUUCAUUAUUACAAUUAGAGAUCAUGAUCAAAAUUG